UUCAUUCAGUCUACCCACAGAUUUACUCUUCCUUUCAUAGCAAGUAGUUCAAAGUACGUCACCAACGACGUUUGAAGAAUUUGCUGCAAUAUUAUUGUUCACCCUUUACCAAUCAAAAUUAUUUGAAGGGCAACUUUCUGGUUGCAGAGUUUGAAAAAAAAAAAACCAUCUGAGUUUACUCAAGAAUUUCGAGGAAAAGGAGGCAAAGAUUGCCCUGCAGAAAACAGAGAAACUAGUAACAAUUAAGAGUUUUAGCCAUGGCAUUCGAAAGAGAUCAUGAUCUGAACCUUGAGGCUACAGAGCUUAGAUUAGGCUUACCUGGAAGAGCUGAAGAUCAGCCUACAGAGAAGAAUACACCUUUUUCUGGUGUAAGAGGCAGCAAAAGAGCGUUGAAUGAAGAUGACUCUAAAACCAAAGACUUCUCUAAUGCUUUGGAUACCAAAAAGUCUGACCAAGAAUCUGUUCCACCCACCAAGGCACAAGUAGUAGGGUGGCCUCCGGUGAGAUCUUACAGGAAAAACUGCCUCCAAGCAAAGAAAACAGAAUCGGACUUGGCAAGUGGGAUUUAUGUGAAAGUCAGCAUGGAUGGAGCUCCAUACCUUAGAAAAAUGGAUCUCAAGGUCUACAAUGGAUAUUCAGAGCUGCUUAAAGCUUUGGAAGACAUGUUCAAGUUCAAAGUAGGCAAUUACAGUGAGAGGGAAGGUUACAAUGGAUCAGAAUAUGUACCAACUUAUGAAGACAAAGAUGGUGAUUGGAUGCUUGUUGGAGAUGUUCCAUGGGAAAUGUUUAUCUCUUCAUGCAAAAGGCUUAGGAUCAUGAAAGGGUCAGAAGCCAGGGGCCUGGGUUGUGCUGUAUGAAAAUUAAUUACAGUUUGAUCGAAGAGACUUCGAAGAAUAUACAGUGGUCGCACAUGGAGAUCAGGAGCGUACAGCUUGGGCUCUCCAAGAAGAAAUUGACAGCUUUGAUGACUUGAUCUUCUGUUCCUCGAUCCAUUUGGAGCAAACAAAAAAAAAAAAAAUAUAUAUAUAUAUAUAUAUUUAUUCAAGAAUUGGAAAAUAUAGAAGAAACAGAAGAAAAAGAAAAGAAAAGAAAGGAAAAGAAAAAUUCCCUGUAUAGUUUUCUUAAUUUGUUAUAUCAUAUAUAUUUGCUUUUCCAAGCAACUGUACAAAAGAGAAGGAAAAAAAAAAAAAUUUUUUUUCUCACAAUUGUAUUUUUCCUGUGCGUUAAUCAAUGAUAUAUAAAAAACCAUGUUGCAGAGAAGAGAAAACUUUGAUAUUAUGUAUGAGCGCUAUGUAUUUGGUUUAGAUUUGGUUAAAUGGUAGAUACUGUUAUUAUAAUUAA